AUGAGCUGGACAGACGAAGACGUCGACCUCCCUGCAAGCAUCUCGGAGCUGACACACGCGCUCCAAGCUGCGCGCGCAGGCGGACAGCCUUCGGUGCACACUAUCGCCGGCACCGAGGGACACGGUGCCCUCACCCUCUCCGGGCUGCUCGGUACACCAGCCGAACGGCGCCUCGGCAUGUCCUUCCCCAACGACGGGAUAGAACGGGACGUGUGGAACGAGGCGGUCGAGUCCGCGCGACGGGCUGGCUACGACCCUGUGCGGCGAGCGGAGAACCGCGCAGCUGUGCAGGAGUAUCGCGCGGCGGCACGUGCUUUCCGCGAACGCCUGCCUGAACGCAAUCGCGGGCCAAUGAGCCUCGGACCGCACCCGACAUCGGGGUCAUCGGGGUGGGCUGAGGAGCGUAACGAGCGCAUGUCGAGCACGAUCCUCCGCCGGCCCAGGCGACACAUUUACGGCUUCGACCCGACCGACAUCGAACCUCCCGGUGGCGCCGACGACCAUAUCUGGGACCGGUUGGGUGUGGGGCCGAUCGACAGCAGUGACGAGGACGACGACGGGUGGGGCGCGUUCCGAGGUACUGCCCCUGUCGGCGAGUCCGCCCCAGGGCAGCAGAUGCUUCUCGACCUUUUUGAGGUUGACGGCUGGGGCGCCGCGCCAGACGCUGGUGCAACGCUGGCCCGAGGGCGAUUCAAUCGCCGCCGCGCGAGCCGCGGCGAUGACGGACGGCGGCUGCGCACACGAGCGCGCGACGACGACGACGACGACGAGAUGGACAGCGAGGGCGAGGUCAAGCGCCGACGGCACGCUGAGCCCGAUCAUCCUCCUAACACCGAGCGACCCGCAUACAUCUCCCUCACGACACUCUCAGCUGACACCCCGCUGCCGGUCAUGUUCGAGAUGCCACCCCGCUCCCGCGAUCCGAUGCUCACGUCGUUCCUCGACGUCACCGUCGAGGAUCGGGAGGGGGCGUGGCGACCUGUCAUCACAUUCCGUCCAGAACAGGGGGACACACUGUUGAAAUCAGAUACGGACGCGUGCAGCCUUCACACGUCGGCACCGAUUCCGCACGGCGUCGGCGUGUUCUACUACGAGGUCGAGAUCCUCAAUAUCGGAGCGGAGGGGCACAUAUCCAUUGGCUGGUCUGUGCCAGAAUGCGACCACAGGAGGCUCGUGGGCUGGAACGUGGGCAGUUGGGGUUGGCACGCAGACGACGGCAAGACGUUUGAGGGCAGAGGCGACGGGCGCGACUUCUCGCAGCCUUGGAAAACGGGUGAUGUGGUGGGCUGCGGUAUUGACAUGACGAUCGGGCGCGCCUUCUUCACACGAAACGGCACUUUGCUCGGUCACGCCUUCAGCAAGAUGCCGCACGGUCUAUACCCAGCCGUGGGCAUGAGGAACGAGCAGGAGUCGGUGGCGGUCAACUUGACAGGACCAUUCCGGUACGACAUCGUCGAGCACGUCCUUGGUGUGCGGAACGGCCUCCGGGCGGCGUUGGCACCACAACACGAGGCUUUCAGCGAUGUGCCACCAGCAGUGCCUGUACCAAAACUCGUUGGCCUGCCCAGCAGCUCGUCAUCGACGUCCUCCCUUGCGGCAUCCUCUCGACCAUCGCCAAAACGUUCGCCCCGCCUCUCGGAACCCGAAGCUGUCCUCCUAUCCAAGCUCAAAGCGAAGCUGAAGCUCCGCACCCGCGAGGAUACGCCGUUCGCCUUCCCACCAGGCAGCCCCUUCUAUCGUGGGCCGGACCGCGCCGCUGCCGCCCUUGUGCUCGAUUACCUCGCGUUCAACGGGCAUUCUCGGACCCACUCCCUCGUGACGCGCGACAUGCGCGCGCGCGGCUGGCUCCCACCACGGGAUGGACCCGAACCCGUCCCUCCAUCGGAGGUCCCCGGGCCGAGUGCCACCAAGGACGCAUACGCGACAGUGAACGACGCGAUCCGCGCCGCGGUCGAUGCGCUUGUUGCUGGCGAGGUCCGCUGGCCCCUCAUUCGCAGUCUCGGGGGAGCUGGCGACCUCUCUCGCCGCCUCGAAGUAUACGCAUUCGCGGCUGAGGCGCAGGCCAUUGCGGGCCGCUUUUCCGUUGACGACGAGAGCGACGACGAGGGGAUUACGGCUGUCGCGAUUGGGCAGGAACUGGAUCGCCGCUCGCGCGCGGAGCGCUGGCCAGCCGCCGAUGGCGAACUCCUCGGCCGCGCGAACCUUCAGAUCGUGUUGCCCGACGACAGUCUCGAUGACGACCGCCGCGCCGACGCGGUACGCCUCGAUCGCUUACUACGCGACGUGGCUGGUGUGCAGCGCCAGUCCUGUCUCCAUCUUGCAGCUGCGCAGACGAGCCUCGUUCAUCAGGUGCUCACAGAGCGGGGCGACGAGGCGACGGCGUUUAUGGGCCUCGGAGCUGUGCUGAAGUGA